CACAUGUUAAGGGCAAAGCAGUUCGCUUGGAGGAAGACAAUACCUCUCAAGCUGAAUGAUAUGCAGCAAUAUCAGUGAAAUGAUUUGCGAAAGUGCAGAAAACAAAGUUCAUAAGCGGAUGUAAUGGAUAGCGAGGGAAGUGUGCAUUAUGGAUGAAGAUAUUAGCUUGUCCUGAUGGGGGUCACAUAUCUGUUAAAAGUUGCGAUGGGAGCACUUACCUUUGCCCUACCUGCCACAGUCACCUUCUUUGAUGUUGUUGGCUAUGUUGCAAAAGUGGAAGGUGCCUCCAUGCAGCCUGUGUUCAAUCCUCAGGGUCAGAGGUCAAUGGACUAUGUUCUUCUCAACAAAUGGGCGGCUAGAAAUUAUGAGUUUCAGCGGGGAGACAUAGUAUCUCUGGUGUCACCGUCCAACCCUGAUCAGAAGAUUAUCAAAAGGAUUGUGGGAUUAGAAGGCGACAGGAUCAGACCGCUGUCCCAUGAUGAGAGUGUAGUGUCCAUCCCUGAGGGUCAUUGCUGGGUGGAAGGUGACCACCAUAGACACAGCUUGGACAGCAAUCUAUUUGGGCCCGUACCAGUAGCACUGAUAACUGCCAAAGCUUCUCACAUUGUCUGGCCUCCAAGAAGGUGGCAAAGGUUAAAGGGUCAGAAACCAAGGUCGUUAUUAUAACAACAUUCAGAAGAGAUCACUUGAGAAGAUUGUAUAAUAUUGUUUCAAUAUAGUCAAUUUGAUACUACACAAUAAACAUUAUAGAAACAUAAUUUUACCAGGUGUUACAUUAAUAAGGGCACUUUGGUGCAUUUCACAACUCUGAACUUGGCUGUUUAUGUACUGUAGUAACAGAUGGAGGUUAUGUGUACAGGUAUUCAUACAUAGAAAUUUGCAUUCCAUAGUUCUGCACCAUUUAUGUUCUCAGUUUUGCCAUUUCUCAUGCAAAAUAAGGUAAAUAUUAUUUUUUAGUUACAUUCAGGGAUACUGAUAAUGGAAAACUAUAACCAAGAUUGAUGGCUGGAGAAUUAGUGAUGUAACUUUUCCAAUGAAUACCAGAGUGUGUGCUUUAGCUUGCCUAAGGAAUGAUAGACAUAGCGCAUUGUGUGGAGGAUAUGUGAGUUACUUCCCCUUGUGGAGCUUGACCCCAUAAAUGAGAUAUUUCUUGGUGGUGUUGGUUAAAUACAUUGUAUAAUUGUUGAAUUGUGAAUAAAGCUGAUAUUUUGAAAAUA